AUGGGAACAAGAGCAGAGCGUAAUAAGGAAGAUUUUGCUGUUGGUGGGUUUGGAUUUGGAGUUGUAGAAAAUUCGCAUAGAGACGUUAUGGUAAUACCUCACCAUCAUCACCAUCCAUCAUAUCCAUCGCCUUCCUCUUCUUCCUUGUGUUACUGUCCUGCUGGUGUUACCGAUCCCAUGUUCUCUGCUUCAAGCAAUCAGGCAUACACUUCUUCCCUCGGUGAAAUGUUCUCCCUCGCCGGCUCUGGUUCUGGUGCUGUUUCCGUAGCAGAUCCUUUCUUCACCUUGAGCUCUUCAGGGGAGAUGGGAAGAAGUGCUAGUGAAAAGGAAAGUGCAGCUUUCAGUGAAGCUCAAUGGCAGGAGCUUGAGAGACAGAGGAACAUAUACAAGUACAUGAUGGCCUCUGUUCCUGUUCCUUCUGAGCUUCUCUCACCUUUCCCCAAGAACCCACCAAACACUAACAAUCAAGAUGUGACAGUGGCAGUGGCGAAAGGAGGCUCAUUGAAGCUAGGGAUAGCUUCAAACGCAAGCAACAACGCGUCUGAUCUGGAGCCAUGGAGGUGCAAGAGAACAGACGGGAAGAAAUGGAGGUGCUCCAGAAACGUGAUCCCUGAUCAGAAAUACUGUGAGAGGCACACACACAAGAGCCGUCCUCGUUCAAGAAAGCAUGUGGAAUCAUCUCACCACAACGACACUCGUACCACUACUACUAAGAACGACACCAACAACAACCAGAUCGCUAGAACUUACCCUCAGUUUUACGGACAUCCCGUAAGCCAGUUCCCAGUUCCUCCUGCUGUUCCGUCUGCUUCCUCUUCAUAUGACCAUAACAGAGAGCUGAGGUGGUUUAUGAAAGAAGGUGAGACCAUAGCAACUCUAAGCCCUGAGAUUCACGAGGCUGUUCCGCUGAAGGUUGGAUCAAGCAGAGAGGCUCUCAAACGCGGAUUCGAUUACGAUCUGAAUUUCAGGGAGAAGGAGCCAUUAGUAGACCAAGGCUUUGGAGCAUUGCAGGGACUGCUGAGUCUAAACCAGACACCACAUAACAACCAAGAGACGAGGCGGUUUUUCUUGGAAGGGGAGCAAGAAGAUGAAGCAAUGGGAAGCUCUCUGUCACUGUCAAUGGCAGGAGGAGGCAUGGAGGAAGCAGAGGGAACGAACCAGCACCACCAGUGGAUUAGCCAUGAAGGGCCAUCGUGGCUAUGCUCAACAACACCAGGUGGACCAUUGGCUGAAGCACUGUGUCUUGGUGUCUCCAUCAAUCCGAGUACUAGUACUACUACUAGUAGCUGCAGCAGAAGCUCAAGCUGA